UUCAUUCAUCGACCAAACUGUGAUAAGUCUUAAAGACCUCUCUCUUUAGUUACGCUAUAACGAUAAAAUGACGACGGUAGUGGAAAUGGAUGUGCCUAUGGACUGUCCUGGUUGCGAGAGAAAAGUUAGGAAAGCUCUUGAAAACAUUAAGGGAGUCCACGAUGUUCAGAUAGAUAUGAAUCAGCAGAGAGUAACGGUGACUGGUUCGGCAGAGCAGAAAAAGGUUCUUAAAGUUGCUAGGAGUAUAACAGGGAGAGAGGUAUGCCUAUGGUCGUUCCCUUACCACCCUGAAUCUAAUGGAUUUCAAGACAAGUACUUCAAGAAGAAGUUCAACAAAAGAAUCAACAUGUCAAAGUAUGGUGAGAAAGUGAGUUCUUAUAACUAUUAUAUGCAUGGAUACCACGGACACGACCAUGGUUACCAUCAGGAACGGCCUUAUUCGGGUCUUAUCGACGAGAAUGCUACUUCUAUGUUCAGUGAGGAAAACCCUCAUUUCUGUAACAUCAUGUGAUCGAUUCCAUUUUCACCAGCUACUAUGGAUGGAACAACUAUAGUUUGGUUAUGCUCCUUUGUAAGAAAAGCACGCAACCAAGUCGAAACAAAAUUUGAGACCUCGUCAUCAGCUCAGUUGGAUUUGAUGAUCCGGCCUCGAUCAAAAUGUUUAUGUAAUAGAUGUUUUGGUUAAAUUUAAAAAAGCACUGGUUGUUUAUCAUAAUUUGUUAGUGCAUAUAAUGUGGCUUUUAUUGGUUUUAAUAAACUGAAUCUCC